GCGCGACCUGGACGGCGAUCUCUCGGGGGCUUUGGAGGCGCUGCUGAGAUUGAGCGUGAGAGGCUCCGCGGCUUCGGGAGGCGCCGGUGUCAUGACGGCCCAGGGGAGCCUCGUGGCCAACCGAGGCCGGCGCUUCAAGUGGGCCAUUGAGCUGAGCGGGCCCGGAGGAGGCAGCAGGGGCCGAAGUGACCGGGGAGGCGGCCAGGGAGACUCACUGUACCCAGUCGGUUACUUGGACAAGCAAGUGCCUGAUACGAGCGUUCAAGAGACAGACCGGAUCCUGGUGGAGAAGCGCUGCUGGGAUAUUGCCUUGGGCCCUCUCAAACAGAUUCCUAUGAACCUCUUCAUCAUGUACAUGGCGGGCAACACUAUCUCCAUCUUCCCUACAAUGAUGGUGUGUAUGAUGGCGUGGCGGCCCAUCCAGGCACUUAUGGCCAUUUCAGCCACGUUCAAAAUGCUAGAAAGUUCAAGCCAAAAGUUUCUUCAGGGUUUGGUGUAUCUCAUUGGAAACCUCAUGGGUUUGGCAUUGGCUGUUUAUAAGUGUCAGUCCAUGGGACUACUGCCUACACAUGCGUCAGAUUGGUUAGCCUUCAUUGAGCCCCCUGAGAGGAUGGAGUUCAGUGGAGGAGGAUUGCUUUUAUGAAACUAAGAAAGAAGCACCUGAUGCCCAUAUGUCUGGCUCUCAUUUACAGCCUCCCUUAUGUCCAGCAGCUCCUCCUCAGCACACAUUAUCACGCAUGCUGAAAAGACCCAAAAGCUCUUUUUCUCUAUCAUGAGGAGACAAAUCCUAGAAAGACAAUGUACUUGUCACCACAGACACAAACUUAUCACAACCUUUGACUGAAAAUAAUGUAGAAAACUUUAUUUAUGUUUCCAGAGAAAAACAAAUAAAACCGUAACUCUAUGUAAACAAAAGAAUGGUUGCUGCUAAAUCAAGAAGCACAGCAGCAUCUCCUUUCAAUAAAUUAUAUGGUUAUAGAGGACAAUGCCUGCAAAAAGUUGCACAAAUUUCCUUAAAAUCUA